CGAGGAGCAGGGACAGCUGCGGAACGCACUGGUUAUGCUGGGGGACACUGUUAGGUGUGUGGAUGACUCUGCCUUUCACAGAUGUGCAGCAAACCAGAGGGAUUAUUACUGUUUGUGUCUAUAUGUUAUUUAUUAGGGGUCUACACUAACUACUGCAGAUCAUCAGACCUUGCCCUGACAACACCCACUUGGAAUUACAAUAAUCAUUACCAAAUCACUCAAGGGUAGAGUGGACCUCUCAACCUGAGCUCUUCAUCAGCUUAUCUGUUCUUCUGGGCAGCUUGUUACCUUUAAUCUCCUCCCUCACGCCACCCUGUGUCUUUUACAAUUGUUGGUGAUUUAUCUGGAAGUGAUUCAGGACUUGGGAUUCCAAAAAAAUGUCUUAGACCUGUGUCAUCUUCAUACCAUGGUGGAUUCUGACCAGUUUGUUGGAAUUUUGGUUUAUUAGAUACUGAUGGAGAAUCUGUCUAUUUGCUGCUGGAAGGAUCGUGUAAGCAUUGAUUCUCCACCCUAAGGCCCUUAGAUUUAUUUUAUUUUUGUACAUGAAACAACUCUAGAGCCAUGAGUGGACCCUCAGGGCUGGUCAGUACCUGCACACAACUAACGGAGAUAGCAGUAUCAGAAGAUUGUCAAGUGAGAUGGGUCAUCUUGGAGCUUCUGACACCUAUGUAUGGUUUUGUCAUCUGAUGUCUGGAAACAGAUCACAGUUAUUUUAGGGGUACUCCUACAUAGGCUUUAGUGACCCCUUCCUUCUUGGUAUGUGACCAUCAGGGGGGGACCGAACAAUGUGCAAGGGUCUCUUGUUGCUUUAUACAACCUGAGAGGGUCCCUUGAUGCUUUAUACAACCUGAGAGGGUCCCUUAGCGCUUCUUACAAUGUGAGAGGGUCCCUCUGUGUAUUAUAUAAUGUGAUAGGACUUCCAGGGUAAUUACUUUACCCUGAUCAUCUGAGAAAGGUUCUCCAACAAGAAGCAACCAACCUGAACCUCCUGAUAUCCCUCACUAGCUGGUGCACCAUGGGUAGCUUCAUUCUCUGGAUGAUCACGUUCACUGUUGGUAUUGCUGCUUCACAACUUUGUCCAAAAAGAUGCCUUUGCCAGAACCUUGCUCCUUCCUUGGCCAUCCUCUGUGCCAAGACUGGUCUACUCUUUGUGCCCUCAGUCAUUGACCGUAGAACAGUUGAGCUGAGACUGACAGAUAACUUCAUCACAGUGAUCAGGAGAAGAGAUUUCACCAACAUGACCCGUCUUCUGCACCUGACGUUGUCCCGGAACACCAUUAGCCAAAUCACCCCAUUAACAUUUGCUGACCUCCGGGGGUUACGAGCUCUCCACUUGGACAACAACCGUAUCUUAUCUGUGGGGGAUGAACAGUUCAAAGGUCUCUUGAAUUUGAGACACCUUAUUCUCAGCAAUAACCAGCUCAGUACCAUUUCCUCAGGCUCCUUUCAAGAUUUUGUUGGGACUCUGGAAGACCUAGACCUCUCCUAUAACAACCUAGAAAAGGUUCCAUGGGAGACCAUCUCCAAACUAACUAACGUCAACUCAUUGAGUCUUGACCACAAUCUUAUAGACUUUGUCCCUGGAGGAGUCUUCACCAAUAUGCACAAGUUAGCUCGACUGGACAUGACUUCCAACAAGUUAAAAACAAUUCCUCCAGAUCCUUUAUUUCUACGUAUUCCAGUCUAUGCCAAAUCCAAGGGUUCGCCCCUCUCAUCACUUGUGCUUGGUUUUGGUGGAAAUCCUCUGCAUUGCAACUGUGAAUUGCUGUGGUUGCGGCGCUUCACCAGAGAGGAUGACCUGGAAACCUGUGCUUCUCCACCAAGCCUCCUGGGAAAAUACUUCUGGAGCAUCUCAGAGGAGGAAUUUAUGUGUGAGCCGCCAGUUGUCACCCAUCACUCCGGACGCAGCACAAUCAUGGAGGGUGAGAACGUUCUUCUCAAGUGUAAAGCCAUUGGAGAUCCGGAACCUACUAUCCACUGGGUAUCCCCAGAAGGCAAAGUGGUAUCUAACUCUACCAGGGCCACCGCAUAUGAAAAUGGCACUCUAGAGAUAUCCGUUUCUAUGGUGAGGGACAGUGGAUCCUUUACCUGUAUUGCUUCAAACACUGCAGGAGAUUCCACAGCCAAUGUUGAGUUAAUUGUUAACCCACUGCCUCAUCCAGCAAACACCAGCCAAAGAAGGUAUAGGCCUGACCAGGGGCCCUCAGAUAUCCUCACCCCCGCCAAGCCAGGGUUAUCUGUCAAUGAGUCUGCUAGUCACCCAGACCCUAAGGUCCUUAGUGCAAACCUGAGUCACAGUUCAGCUCUAAUCCAAUGGAAUUUGGACAGGAACAUUCCUGGGAUACGCAUGUACCAAGUGCAAUACAAUAGUUCUAUUGAUGACAGUCUAAUUUACAGGAUGAUCCCCCCUAGUAAUCGGAGUUUCUUGGUGAAUGACUUGGCGCCUGGUCGUGAGUACGACCUCUGUGUCCUGGCUGUGUAUGAUGAUGGAAUGACCUCUCUAACGGCCACACGUGUGAUCGGUUGUGUCCAGUUCCACACAAAGGAGGAGAUUAGUCAAUGCCAGCCACCUCACACACAAUUUCUAGGUGGCACCAUGAUCAUCAUCAUAGGUGGAAUCAUUGUAGCUUCGGUGCUUGUGUUUAUCAUCAUCCUGAUGAUCCGAUAUAAGGUUUAUGGUGGUCAAGAGGAAGAGGAAAAAGCUAGGGUCAGCAAUGUUUACUCCCAGACCAAUGGACAGCAAUUCAUGUCAGGUGGCAGCUCUUGUGCCAAGCUGUCUGGACCUCUAGAAGAGAUGGCACUCACCACAUACUUCACCAGUGAGGAUGAAGGAGGCAAAUCCACCAAAGACACAUGUAGCAUCAAGUCACCUGAUCAAGGUUGCAAAGAUUUGAAAGAAAAGACAUCUUGCGAAUGGACAGAUGGCAACUGACUCUUUAUCAAGG